CGCGCGAUUCAGUUAUUCCGCGUCCGUACUCACGCUCGCACGCACCUUGCCUCCUCAAGAACUUUUCGUAAGUUUCGUCAUGGCUCUCCGCUAUGUGUUUGCCGUAUUGGCACUGGCAGGUGCCACGUUCGCGGGCUCGGAGGUCACCGAACUGAAGGUCGAGAAUGUCUACGUACCGGAGGGCUGCACCACGAAGUCUAAGAAUGGCGAUAUGUUGACCAUGCACUACACCGGCACUCUUGACGACGGCCACAAGUUUGACUCCAGCUUCGACCGCGACCAGCCCUUCACCUUCCAGAUUGGUGUCGGACAAGUAAUCAAGGGGUGGGACCAGGGUCUGCUCGACAUGUGUGUGGGUGAGAAGCGUAAGCUGACCAUCCCGUCCCACCUUGGCUACGGCGAGCGCGGAGCCGGCAACGUCAUCCCCGCCCACGCCACCCUCCACUUCGAGGUCGAGCUCAUCAACAUCGGAGACUCGCCCCCGACCACUAACGUCUUCAAGGAGAUCGACGCCGACAAGGAUGCGCAGCUCAGCCGCGAAGAAGUGAGCGAAUACCUGAAAAAGCAGAUGACCGCCAGCGAAGGCGCCGAAAUGAGCGAAGACAUCAAGAACAUGCUCGAGAGCCACGACAAGCUUGUCGAGGAGAUCUUCCAACACGAGGACAAAGACAAGAACGGCUUCAUCAGCCACGAGGAGUUCUCCGGACCCAAGCACGACGAACUCUAAACGAGUACAGUAUCAGUAGAACCACUAAAAAGUUACACCGACCUACUGCAUUAAACACACAUAUGCAGCUGAUCCAAACGAAAAAAUAAGCGUAACGUGAGUGCCAAAUAAUUCGGACAUAUUUUGUGUAAUCGUGUAACUUACAAAAGUGGUAAUAUAACAUAUAACUGUACAGGUUUUGCACGGAGUAGGUAAAUCGACAACGAUAUGGACUGCGAAAUAUAUGAUACCGGCAAGGAUAAUAUUUUAUUUGAUAUACCGGCAACGUGGCAACGAUAAUAUUCGUAGACGAUUUGUAUUCGCAAACGUACUUAAUAGGAAUCGAUUCGAACUGUUGUUUAAUAAUACGAUGGUUUAUCGACCAGAGCACUAUUGAGAUGGCUCAUUACGUAUUAUAGCGAACUAUUGAGUGCUUACUCAAUUAGUGUAUCAAAAUGAAAUCUAGGUAAUCCUACUUUUGUACCUUACCUUAGUCACAUACAAGAAUACUUACAUAUCAAAAAGUAAAGUUGUAUUUUGUCGGUUUCUAAUCCGUGCUUCCAGGUAGACUCCAUAGCUCUCCGCUGAACAUUCAGUAUCUGUAUAUACUAAUAUAUUAAUUAUAUUACUCUACAUUCCUAAGCUGGGACGUUGAUAUUUUUAUAUAUAUUAUAUUUUGCUUAAUUUAAACUAUUGGCGUUAUUCUUAUCUGAUAGAAUGGUGUUCGCUCUAUUAAAUACUGUAUGAGAAUAAAUAAAGCUCUAUACAAAAUAAUAAUAAAAAAAUAACAACCUAUAACUUUUUUUGUACAAACUAUACAUAUAAUAUAAUUGUAAAAAUCUUGUUCUUCCUAUGUUUAUUAUAUCUGUCCCUUCACAGGCGACGAUGAGCGAUGUACGUGAGUCAUUUUGUAGUUUGUUAAAUCAUUUUGUACUUAGUUUAUGUUGUUAGAGUGUCGAAUUUGUUGUAAUAAUGUUAAGGGUACAUUUAUGAGUCAGUAAAAUAAAUUUUAUUUUUUUUAAUUUUCUUUUAAGUACUGAGGUUUUUAUUUUAGUAUCUGCGUUCAAAAUUAGGGCGUUGUUUUAUUGAUAACGUCUGUGUCAAUUAAAUUUAAUAAAUGUCUAUACGUAUAUUAGUCUGCAAUGUACGUGAUGUAAUUCAUGUUUUUAACCGACUUCAAAAAUGGAGGAGGUUAUUGUAGUCACAUCUUGUGCCUGCAAAGGUUUCACCUUUAUACUGUAACAGUAGACAUUGCAAUGUAACAGUAGAAAAACUGUAUGAUUGUUACUUCCUGUCAUAUCUGCUACCAGUACUUAAACAAAUUGAAUGUUUUCCGCUGUUGAAUUAAUAAAACAUAUUUAUAACAAA